AUGAGUCCAACGACUUCAGCAACGCCACAGCUUGAAGAUCCAGCUAAAACUGCCAAAAAGACGAGGAAAAGAAAGUAUAAGAAAAAGGCAAAUGAUGAUACUGAGUGUAAGUUCAAAUUUUUUCGAGAAAGUUUUUUUUGAAAUCAAUUUUUAGAUACCGAAACGCGAAAAGAAGUCGAUAAGUUGAGAGAGCGGCUAGGUGGCAAGAAGAAACGCGGCAAAGAUGACGACCGUGCUUAUUUCACGGUUAAUUCUCGACAUUCAACUGAUGAAAAUAAUCAUCUUCAGUUCAAAAACGAUCGGGUGGUGAUUACCAGCUGCGAGUCGCACACGAAUAUCAUCACAAGGGCUUUGGAAAACCAAGUCAAUCGGUGUUACCAGGUUUUUAAAUAGUUUUUCCCAAAAGAAGAUGAAAAAUGGUGAUUUUUUUCAAAUAGCCUCGUUUGUAGAUUGAUAUUCGGAACGAUACGAUCCAGACUUCGUGGCGUUGUUGUCUGUGUCAUCUGGGAUCGGCGCAACGCGAGUUGGGAGACCUCUUCGGGCCGUAUUACAUGACGCCGUCGUCCUCGCCGUCGUCGUCGACGUCUCCGUGGCCCACGUUCCUCUGCAAGAAACCGGUGCCUAUUCCGUCCUUAUCACGAACUGAAAGGGUUCAAUUUUUCCGUCGUUUAAUGAGAUUUGUCAGUCAAAAUUUUCUUCCGAGAGAAAAGGCUAGAUUUUGAUUAUUGGUUUUCGAAGUUAAAUGGUAAUUUUGAAGAAAGCAGAGAACAUAAUGGACGUGGAAGUUUGGAUGCACGGCGACUGCGUUCUCUGGGCGCCUGAUAUCCAAUUGAAUGGGAAUCAUUUGACGAAUCUUAACGUCAAGUUGAAGCAGUUCUGGGGGCAGGUACACAACUUGAGAACAUACUAAUUGCCGACUUCUUUUUGUCAAAAUUCAAAACAAGCUGUAGUUUUUCUACUGAAAUGAGAUAAAAUCAUAUAUUUCUCAUCGUCAUAAGAAAGAAAAAAAUAAUUUUUUUCAAAUUUCUCGAUGAUUUAAUUUUUUUGAGAGGGGAAUUAUUUUGAAAAAUGUUCCUAAUGCACGAAUUUUUGGAAUAAAAAAAGCAAAAAAAGUUUACAGCACUGCGCGGUUUGUUCAAAAGUCGGCGCAUCGAUACCAGUCCUCGGUACUGAAAACGUCCUUCAUUUCCCUUGUGCCGUUCAAAAAGGUUCGCAUUUUUGAGUUUUCAUCUUUCUUUUUUUUUAAAGAAGCGCUUUUUUUGUUUUUUUUUUUCUAACUCUCAACUAGUGCACAAUUUCGAGUCGUCCCUUUGUCCUUUCUUCGAUUUUCCGAAAAGAAUUUGUUAGGAAAUACCGAUCAGUUGAUUUUUCCAGGAUAUAAACUGGACGAGGGACGACUGACGUGCGAGCCGCGUUGA